AUGACUGACACGUAUCCGUCACAGCCUGUCUCCUCCUUCGUGGCCAUCCAUUAUAUUAGAGCCCCCUUCCUCCCCCGGCGGCUUAGUUUAUGCCACCUGAUCACCAUUCCCCAAGGCCUUGGGAUGGACGGGAGUGCCUACGGCCAAGAGGUAGAUCCCCUGGAGGUGCCCCCUCUCACCCCGACCAGUAAAGAAGUCCUGAGCCAGGCUGUGAGGGCCACCUUCGCCGGCUUUGCCCAGGAGAGAAACAGCAGGCACUUCCCUCAAGACCCCAGCUUGUGGUCUAACUGGGAGGUGAACCACUGGCUUGACUGGUGCCAGGCGGAGUUUGGCCUCCUGAGCCUGGGUCCUGACUUGAGGGGCCUGCAAGGGAAAGAACUCUGUGCCUUAGACAGAGAGUCUUUUCUGGCCCUGACCUCUGACUGCACUGCUGGAGAGAUCCUGUGGGAACACCUGGACACCAUGCGAAGAGACUGCGAAUAUGACGCCGAUUCCUCUUUCGCCGUCUGCACAAUAACGUCUUACUGCCAGUCUCCAAUCAACAAAGGUAACUGUAGCUCAGACUACGUUGAGCAAUGUUCAGACAAGCAGCGCUUCCUCCUUCAGUUUGCCAGUCAUCCCUGUGAAAGCACGCCAUUUUACACCAUGGACCCCGUGACCGUCCAACAUCAGGACUACUGCUGCGUCCAGCCCGAGGGCCCUCAUGUGAACAUGGCCUCUGCUACUCUGCUCCAACUGCCAGUGGGAACCAGAGAGACCGGCUCCAAUGUAGAGAUUAUGCACUACGAAGACUCUGACAUCACAGGCUUGCUGUCUUGGCCUGAUCCACUCCUGGAUAAAGAGCAAAGGGUGGAGGAGACCCUAUGUGAAGAGCCCUUCGCCUUACAGCAGCCACACAGGAGCACCAAAGAGUUUGUGGAGAACCAAGUGGAUCUGGGCAGAGCUGCGAUCCCAGCAGCCAUUUUAACUGGUUACACUGGAAGUUGCCCCAUUCAACUAUGGCAGUUUCUAUUGGAGCUUCUGACCGACAGAAGUUGUCAGUCAUGUAUCAGCUGGACAGGGAACGGCUGGGAGUUCAAGCUGACAGACCCCGAUGAGGUAGCUCUGCUGUGGGGCCGAAGAAAGAACAAACCCAAGAUGAACUAUGAGAAGUUGAGCCGUGGUCUGCGUUACUACUACGACAAGAACAUCAUCCACAAGACGGCGGGGAAGCGCUACGUCUACCACUUUGUCUGCAACCUGCAAGAGCUGCUGGGAUACGAGCCCGGCGAGCUGCACGCCAUGCUGGACGUCAGUAAAAAGGGUCAGGAGUGA